UAAUAUUCAUGAGAUAAGCAGUCGCCGUAGAAUUUGUAAAUUUGCCACCCGCCCUCCUUUCUUUAAAGUUUGCGCACACCUAUAACCCAAAAGGACGUGUAUUUGAGCUUGGAAUCUAUAUGUACAGUCUUAUGGAAUAAUUUUAUCACUAUACAGGUGCAGUGAGUAGCCAUGGCUGCAUGGGUGGAGGCGACCACAAGGGAAAUGGGCCAAUCGCUCAUUAACCCAGACAAACCUUCAGAUUCAGCCUCGGCACUCCCAGGAGACACAGAGAAGCCAGCGUUUGGCCCAAAACCCCACCUCAUACCCAAACCAUUUUCCCUGCAGAGGAAUGCAACUGUCCGCCCGAUCCGGGCCCCAAAAACCAACUUCAACAGACAGCUCAAUCGAGCCGCCUCUUCUGAAACCUUUUUGAAUACCACAGAUACUCUGUUGGAUGCUGGUGGUCUAGAAACAUCAGACUCAAAUGGCACUGUAAAUGGGUCUGAUCGAAGUGCAGCUCCUAAACCCGUCCCACUCAGCCCAAAACCUGACUUACAGGCUAAGCCUAAACCAGAACUUACUAAGAGUCCUGACAUAACUGGUCCAAACUCAAAGCCUGACGUAACCGCUGAAGAUAUAAAGAAAGUUCAGCACAGGAGCAGAGCAAAAUCCUUGGGUUCUCAAGAUCAAAAGAAUCUCAACCAGAAGUCACAAGGAGAAGCCGACAACACUGAGGCAGACGUCAAAGUGCCUUCACGAUGCUGGCCAGCUCGAAAUCGUCUCUCCAUGCAGCUGACCUCCAAGUUCGAGUCACCGUCUCAGCCCCAGCAGGAGGUUAACACUGUGAAGAGCAAGACAGAGAAAGAAGGGCCGCCACAUUCUCCUUCAGCAGUGUCCAUGCCUUCAAAGCCUCCGGUGGAGAAAGAAGAGGAAGGAGAUGAGGAGGUUGGUGGAGGCAGCAUUAAAAGACGGAUCAGCCUCCUCUUCGAUCGAUCUGCAGCAUCUCAGCGCAGGGACAACUUCACCAAAACAGACAUCACACCUGCUGAAAUAUCUAUUGACAUUAAACAGAGAAUCCAGAAUCUGAGCUUGACGUCCACUGGUGCUCCUAAAAGUCCACCAUUUGAGAAGAUGAAUGAGAGAUCAUCUGAAAGACCUGCAGAUUCAGCAACAGAGAAACCACCAAAUACAACAGAAAUCAAGAACUCUGGUGUGGAGAUUGCAGAAGAAAAGGAAGAUGAUGGAGUUGAAGAGGACAAAGAGAACAAUGUCGAUGUUCCUGUUUACCGAAGGGUUGGGAUAAGCAUAGAUGCGGAGAAAAAGCGAAAGGAAGAAGAAGAAAAACAGAGAAAAGAUGAGCAGUUAGAGAAAGAACGACAGCAGCAGGAAAAGGAAAGACUUUUGGAGGAGGAGAGGAAGGCAAAAGAAAUCCAGAAACAGCAAGAGGAAGAGAGAAAACAAGAAGAGGAAAAACAAAGGCAGAUGGAAGAAAGAAAAAAGCAAGAGGAAGAAUGGAAGAGAAGACUUGAAGAAGAAAGAAAAGAGGAGGAGAGGAGGAGACAGGCCGAAAAGGAAAAGGAGAGACAACGAGAGCAAGAGAGGUUGGAAAGAGAGAGACAGAUCGAAGAGGAGAAAAGGAGGACUGAAGAAGAAAAAGAGAGACAGAUGGAGGAGGAACGACUGAGACAGGAGAAACUAAAGAAAGAGAAAGAAAUGGAAGAAGAGAGAAGAAUAAUUCAGGAGUUGGGGAGAGAGAAAGAGGAAGAAAGAAUGAGAAAAGAACAAGAAAUGGAGAGAAUAAGGAAAGAAAAAGAAAUGGAAGAAGAGAGGAGAAGAAUUCAGGAGAUGGAGAGACAGAAAGAGGAGGAAAGACUGAGAAAAGAGCAAGAAAUGGAGAGAAUAAGGAAAGAAAAAGAAAUGGAAGAAGAGAGACUGAAGGAGGAGGAAAGAUUGAGACAGGAACGAGAAAAAGAAGAGCGAUUAAAGAAAGAGAGAGAAAUGGAAGAAGAGAGACGAAGAGUUCAGGAGAUGGAGAGACAGAAAGAAGAAGAAAGACUGAGAAAAGAGCAAGAAAUGGAGAGAAUAAGGAAAGAAAAAGAAAUGGAAGAAGAGAGACUGAAGGAGGAGGAAAGAUUGAGACAGGAACGAGAAAAAGAAGAGCGGUUAAAGAAAGAGAGAGAAAUUGAAGAAGAGAAAAGAAGAAUUCAGGAGAUGGAGAGACAGAAAGAGGAAGAAAGACUGAGAAAAGAUAGAGAAAUGGAGAGAAUAAAGAAAGAAAUAGAAGAAGAGAGAUUGAAAGAGGAGGAAAGAUUGAGACAGGAACGAGAAAAAGAAGAGCGGUUAAAGAAAGAGAGAGAAAUUGAAGAAGAGAAAAGAAGAAUUCAGGAGAUGGAGAGACAGAAAGAGGAAGAAAGACUGAGAAAAGAAAGAGAAAUGGAGAGAAUAAAGAAAGAAAUAGAAGAAGAGAGAUUGAAAGAGGAGGAAAGAUUGAGACAGGAACGAGAAAAAGAAGAGCGGUUAAAGAAAGAGAGAGAAAUGGAAGAAGAGAGAAGAAGAAUUCAGGAGUUAGAGAGACAGAAAGAGGAAGAAAGACUGAGAAAAGAAAGAGAAAUGGAGAGAAUAAGGAAAGAAAAAGAAAUGGAAGAAGAGAGACUGAAGGAGGAGGAAAGAUUGAAACAGGAACAAGAAAAAGAAGAGCGGUUAAAGAAAGAGAGAGAAAUGGAAGAAGAGAGACGAAGAAUUCAGGAGAUGGAGAGACAGAAAGAGGAAGAAAGACUGAGAAAAGAGCGAGAAAUGGAGAGAAUAAGGAAAGAAAAAGAAAUGGAAGAAGAAAGACAAAGAAUUCAGGAAAUGGAGAGACAGAAAAAAGAGGAAAAACUUAGACAGGAACGAGAAAAAGAAGAGCGAUUAAAGAAAGAGAGAGAAAUGGAAGAAGAGAGACGAAGAAUUCAGGAGAUGGAGAGACAGAAAGAGGAAGAAAGACUGAGAAAAGAGCGAGAAAUGGAGAGAAUAAAGAAAGAAAUAGAAGAAGAGAGACUGAAGGAGGAGGAAAGAUUGAAACAGGAACGAGAAAAAGAAGAGCGGUUAAAGAAAGAGAGAGAAAUGGAAGAAGAGAGACGAAGAAUUCAGGAGAUGGAGAGACAGAAAGAGGAAGAAAGACUGAGAAAAGAAAGAGAAAUGGAGAGAAUAAGGAAAGAGAGAGAAACUGAAGAAAGAAAAAGAAUGGAAGAACAGAGACAGAGAGAAGAAGAAGAAAGACUGAAGAAACAGAUGGAGAUGGAAGCGUCUAAAUCAGUAGAGAGACUGCAGGAGGAAGUUCCUACGAGUUAUGAUUUAAUAUCAUUUAACGCGGAGGAACCGGCAGCGUCUCCGACUCUCGUCUCCGCCGUCUCACCUCAACUCACCGAAGUGCUUUACGACGACUUUUCAGUGAAACCACGAAGAUGGGGAACCGGGACGAGACGUUCCUCAACACCGUCUCCAUCCAGAGAACCUCUCGCUGCUCCUGACCACAGUCUACAGCCAGAAUCAAAGUCCAAUGAUCCUGGAUCCCAAGAACCACAUGGAGAUCAGGUAAAUGUGGAUGACCUGAUCGGGCUUGAACCUGAAGCUUCCAGUCCACAGAACUCCUAUAAACACACAGAGAGCAGAGAGCAGACGUCUUUAUCUGAGGAGGAAACCAAACCAGAGGAUCUGCUGGUGCCUGAAACACAUUCUGACGAGGGUCAGUUGAAGGACUGCGAACCCGAGGAAGAUGGAGUUUCAGAACUGGACACAGAGAAUCUGAUCGAUGAAACCGGCGAACAGACUGAAAACAACGACACAGUUGAUGAUGCUGGCACAGGGAGCAGAAUCAAUCUAGCCCUACAGAGGCUGACUCGGGUUAGACAGCAAAACACAUCUACUGAUUCAGAAAGGCCAGACGUCCCGGCUGAGGAGGAGCCCGAACCCCUACCUGUUCUUGAGUCUGCAGCUCCACUGCUGGACUCCAGCGUUUUCCGUUCGAAGGUUGAUCUGGCAAAGAAGCGUAGCAUAAAGCGUUCCAGGCCGACACGUGCCGUCCGACAGAGAGACGCCCUGCCCGCGCUGACCGAGGGAACGAACCCUGACUGGAGGUUCUGCGACUCCACAGAUGCAAAAGAUCAGUGUUCCAAUGGAGGGGACUCAGAAUCAGACGAGGAGCCGUCCCGGGACGUCACGUCCCCUCCAGCCCCCAGCCAGCCGAAGAGAGUCCCUAUGUUUCCUGGGAUGAACCCUUCAGCCCUCAUGGCACAGCUCAAGCGGAGAAGUGGAGUCGUGGAAGCAGACAGUCCACCAGAAGCACAGACGCCUCCGUCUGUUCCCACACGCUCUCCCCGCACUCCCACCAUGGCCCUCGGCCCCAGAGUGCUGCCCCCUGUUGACGCCAAGGACAGUGGGUCCGGCUCUUCACCCUCAUGGCUGCUUGAGCUCAAAUCCAAGAAGCGAACGAGUCAACCUGAAAGUGAAGCAUAAAGUCUGUGAAGCUCAGGUCUGAUGCAGUUUGUUGAGAGGAAAUCCUCUGUGUGAUGCCACAAAGAUGCCAAAGGAACCGACUUGCAUAAAUGAGAAGUGCAAUGAGCCUUUCAUUCUCAUACCGACUGAUUAUCAGAUAUUUUUUCUAGUAUGUGUCCUGGACUAAAAUGUUUGUAGGCUUUGCCAAGAUGAUGUCCUGUUAUGCACCUUUUUACUUUCACACGAAAGUCUGUCAUAAUGCCGAAUCAUAAUCAGCACAAGAUGGUGUCUUUGAAAAGCAUGAGCUGUUUACUAUCAGUCUUGGACCAGUUUAAUUCUGUUUACAUUUAUUCAUUUAGUAGAUGUUGUUAUCCUACGUGAGGAUGGAUGAUAAAACAAGCAAUUCUUAAGAAGUCCAUGAUGGGAAAAGCAGAUAUCAGUAUAGCUUCAUGCUACAAUGCACUUUAAAUGAGUCAGACCACUGGGAAAGGUGCCUUAGGCAUUAUUUUGCAUUUGAUUUGCAUCCAUUUUCUUUCUCUUAAUAGUUUUUGUUCAACAUGUUAUAAACAUCACUGGAUGGUAAUUUGAUCUUGUUUGCUUUUAUUAUCAUUCUUAAAUUCUUUUAUUCUCUGUAUUUUUAAAUCUAGUGAGCAGAGAAGCAUAAGCUAAUGUGCUUUAAUUGGGCUGAUUAUCAUUUACAAUGUUUUAUUUUGCAUUGUUGCCCAUAUCCUUCCGGUCCUGCCAAGAACACUUUUACAAAACACAAAUCAGAGUUAUAAUAAUGUAUAAUAAGUUGUGUUUGUAACUGUGUUCCUUUUGAAUGUUUUUCAGUCAUGUUAGUUUAUUGACUUCAGCUGUGUAAAUUGCUGCUCGAGGAAAAUGUUUACCUGUUUAAUGUUGGGAAACUGUUGUUUUGUUUUAUAAAAAAAAAUGAAUUAUGAUUUACAAUCAAGGGAUCUUCAUUAAAUAUUUUUUCUAAAUGGGAA